GUCAAAUCAGAUAAGAGCACAAAAGACAAUAGCAACAACCUUUUGCCUCUCUAGACUAAAUAUAAACCUUCUUUUUGUUUUCAACUUUUCAAAACUUAAAGAAACCAUAAGAGAAAGAGAGAGAGAUUUGUGUGUUGUUGCAAAUGGCGGAGGAGAAUCUUGGAAUUUCAGCCAUAGAUAACCCCAUGAAGAAUUAUAAGGUGAUGGUGGCAAUCGACGAUAGUGAGUUUAGCGAAUAUGCCCUCAUGUGGGUCCUAAAAAACCUUGGCUCCACCAUUCGUGAUUCACAACUUGUUAUCUACACAACCCGAACCCCAGUUGAUAUCGGCUAUUUGUAUGCAUCUUCUUGGGGAACCGCUGAACUGAUGAAGGAGCUAAAAGAAAGUGAGAAAAAGGCAGCUCUUGAGUUACUCGAGAAAGCUAAAACUACAUGCACUGAUUACGGGAUCAUUGCAGAAGGAAUGACAGAGGUGGGAGACCCUAAAGUGGCCAUUUGCAAUGCAGUAGACAAGUUAAACAUUCAGUUGCUCGUGGUAGGUAGCCAUGGUCGUGGAGCUGUCACAAGGACGUUGUUGGGGAGUGUGAGCAAUUAUUGUGUCCACCAUGCCAACUGCCCAGUUCUUGUCGUCAAGAAAACAGACUAAUGAAUAUGUAUUCCUUUUCAUAUGUCCAUAAUAUAAAUAACAACGUAUGUAUAAAACAAUAAAGAAGUUCAUGUUUUGGAAUUAAAAU